AUGGCCGAUUCUUCUAGCGGCGUUCCCUUCCUAAGCAAAAAUAUUCGAGAAGGAAACCGAUAUAUCAAAGAAGACGAAACAUUAUACCCAUGUCCAUCAUCCGUCGAUAUCUACAGUCUACCCCCCCAGCAAGAGAUAAUUACCGUCCUGAGUAAACAAGUUGGUAGACUUGUGCUUGAACAUGACUUUUCCUAUGUGACUAAAUCUGGUAGUGGAGUCAAACCUGCUGAGAGUGAGGCAAUGAGGCUUGUAUCCGAGUAUACUUCCGUUCCUGUGCCUGAGUUACUUGUCAAAAGUUUCAGUCUUGGUAAUGGUAGUAUCCAUAUGACUCUUAUUCCCGGAUGCCAUCUGGAAGGAAGGUGGGAUAAGCUAGACGAGGAAACUAAGAAGUCUGUAUGUCUCCAACUCUGGGAUUUGAUUUCUAAGAUACGUGAUAUCAAACCCUCAUUAGAGCUAAAGGAUCUUGUCCAAUGUGCUGCUGAUGGCUCUCCAACAAGGGACCCAUUGCUGGAAGAUCUACAAGAACCAGCCAGGCCUCUGAUGAGUGAUUCGGAAUUUCAGGCUCGUAUUUUCGAGCGCUAUCUCCACUUUGGUGGUCGUCGGUUUAAGUGUGAGCUACCUGGUAUGCUGCCGCGGUCAAGCUCCUCUGUGUUUACACACGCCGAUAUUGCGCCUCGCAAUAUCAUGAUUGAUGAUCAGAACAAAAUUACAGGAAUCCUCGACUGGGAGUAUGCGGGGUGGUAUCCGGAUUAUUGGGAGUAUGCGCAGAUUAUGAGGCCUGCUUUUGGGGGGGACUGGUCAAUGUGGAUGGAUCAGACGGCACCACAGAGAUGGGACAUCAGUGGUAUUAAUGCCGCUAGGCGGGUGUUGUUUUGA